UCAAGAGUGAGAGUCAACAACUCUUGCUCUGGACUCUUGUUAUCUUCCAGCCUUCAGCUAAGACACUGGUGAUGAGGUGUGGUGAUGGCAGGACGUAUAAAGGAGGGUACAGGUUGCAGGCCGUGCACACCUGUCCUCCAGACACCUGGGAGGCCCUUUUGGCCCCAAUCAACAUGGAGAUCAAUUGAAUUUGCAUUUUUAUGCCUCGUCAUUGUCAGCUGUUGUUGGCUAAGUGUGAGUGUGUGUGUGUGCGCAGGCUGCGCUGUGUACGGGAUGGCUGGUGAUGGCUGCGCGUGGGACCUCCAUCAUGUCUCCGGUGCGCGGAUGCGACGUUCUGGGUCCUACUCUCUCCUGCUGCUGCUGCUGUUGCUGUUCUUCUCUCUCCUCUCCCUCUUCCCUCUCUUCGUUCACGCUCACGAUGGCCCCUCACAUGAAGAUUGGCUGCUGUUUAGCGACGAGACAGAUAUCGACGGCAACACCGACUCCUACCCGACCAAGGAACCAAAGUGCGACCGCAAGGUGGUGAGUAGCGAGAAUGGGCAAGGGGAAGGCGAGUUCGAGGCCCCUGAGCUGAUCAACCCUGAGGGGCACGGUCGCCAGUGUAUCUUUACCUUCGUGGCUGGCCCAGGCGAGAAGGUUCAACUCCACUUCAGCAGGUUCGCUCUCCGAGGCACACCACCUGACGGAUCAACUCUUGGAGUGAGCCCCUCGUGUAACCACGAGUACCUGGACAUCUAUACGGAGAUCAAGGACCCCAGUUCGGUGGACCUGCUCGAUACACCGUUCGGGGGCCGCUACUGCGGCGGGAUCUCUCCCCGGCUGAGAGUCUCUCUCUACAACACCAUAGUCAUCAGCUUCUAUACCGACCUCUUCAACACUACCUCUGACCUCUUCGUCGGCACCUACAAGUUUAUCAAUGACUCAAGGUACAUGGUGAGCGACCUGGUGCCGGAGACCCUGUGUGGCUACGUCAUCCACUCCGACCUGAAGAAGAAGAACGGUCAGUUCAUGACCCUCACCUACCCAGGCGCCUACCCCAAGAACAUCACCUGUUACUACAAGUUCGUGGGACGCAGGGAGCAGCGCAUCAGACUGGAGUUCAGGGACUUCGAUCUUUUCUACGGCGGUCCACACUGCCCGUUCGACCAAGUGAAGAUGUUUGAUGGACCUAGCCACAUAUCUCCGUUAAUUGGGACAUAUUGUGGCCAGCAGAGAAACCUGGUCAUCUUCAGCACCGGAAGCACCCUCCUCCUCACCUUUACAACCCUCCAGCGCAUCGCUGACACACAAAACAGGGGAUUCCAGGGUAUAUUCAACUUUUCCGAGAGUUACGUAAAGUUAGAUUUCAUCAACAAACAAGAUUCCGAGCACAUACGAGGGACAGAGUGCGACCAGCGUAUCUUGAGCAAGAAAGAAUCAAACGGCACAGUAUAUAGCCCUAACUACCCCUUCCCGUAUUUGCCUAAUAUCGUAUGUAGGUACUUCAUCUAUGGCCUCCAAGACGCUCAGAAUCUGGAGAGAGUCAGACUCCAAUUCUUUGAUCGAUUUGAUAUACCAGCGGAACCGAAAGGAGAUAAAAACUGUUCCGAUGGUUAUCUCAGAAUAUACUUGAAGGGGCAAGAAAUGGAGAAUGCCUACGACAACCCUGACUACGAGGUGUGUGGCAAAACGUUACCUCAGACUGUGGUGUCGUCAGGACCAAGACUUGUCAUGGUGUUUAGCUCAGGCAACUAUCAGGGAGGAAGAUUCAAAGCCCAUUACAAAUUUGAAACUGAAUACAAGAUCCCAGGCACACCAUCUCCAGAUGGAAAAUGCAUAUUCACCUACUAUAGCUCAAGCCGUAAAGAAGGCUCAUUUAACUCUCCUCGGCACCCGGCCAACUACCCGUCCAAUACCACCUGUGAGUUCACUUUUCAAGCCAACCCAGAUGAGCAGGUUCGCCUGGCUUUUUACCAGUUCGAACUCCGCAGCGAGAAAAAUAACUUAACUUAUGGAAAUCACUGUCAAGAAGACUGGGUGGAGAUCUAUAACGUGUACAGGCCAGUUGAAUCUGAUGUAGAGAGAGAGAGACUGAAUGGUCGUUACUGUGGCCUGGCAGCUCCUGGUCCCAUAGAGAGUGAGCUUGAGGCUGUGGGUCUCCGUGUGGUCCUCAGAACUGACCAUGAACAUGUCUAUAGUGGCUUCGAGGCAAUAUAUCAGUUUAAAAAGAAGGAAAUGUUGUUUAGAGACUGUGGUGGAAACAUCACCAAUGAAGAAUAUGGAAUCAUUCACUCUCCACACUGGCCUAAGAAAUACGACGGUCCUGACCCUGAUCGUCAGGGAGGGGCAUUUUCCUGCACCUGGUUUAUUCACGUUCGUCCCUACCACAAAAUUUUGCUUUGGCUUCAGUCAUUUUCUGUUGAAGGAAAUCCAGCAGAGAGAGGAUGUCCAGCAGCAGUAGUUCGAGUUUGGCCAGAUCUGGAUAAAUUACCAAUCGAGUUAUGUGGUGAUGCCUUGACCGACGAUGCUUCUAUAAUAAUCUCCAAAUCUUCAUUAAUGAGGGUGGCCUUUUUAACUGCUGACAGAGCAGUGGGAGCAAAGGGAUUUGAGGGCAUUUGGACAGAAAUUCAGGAUAGCCCAAAAUGUGAACAGUUCCUGUGCUCCAAAAACAACUUCUGCAUAUCCAAGAUCUUUGAUGCAAUGGAGUACCUAAUUGUGGUGUGGGUGAUCUAUCAGAUGAAGACAAUUGUGGUGAUUGCAGUGAUGUACAACCCGCCACUGAAUAGCAGGAAACCAAGACAAGAAUAUGAUGAGAACAGUAGAGCAAUGGUUGAAACGCCAGCUGAGGUUGCCAGAAGGGCCAACAUGAGCAGGGCAAAGUUACUAGCUGUGGGUGAUCUCAGUCACAAGGAGACCGAAAUCACCCACAGCCCUCCACGUUCCUGGAGCCACACAGAGGACCAGGAUCAUGGAGGGCCAAGAUGA